AUGAAGCCAAAGCAUGCAGGGCUCAGAAGUAAGGAUGCGUGCAGGUCGACCCGCGGGUACCCUGGCUCGGCGCCGCCUCCUUGGAGGUUCACUCUGUUUUGGAAAAUAAAAAAACUUCAAGUCUUCAUUCCGAUUCCCGAUACAUAUCGGUUGGGAUACUGUUAUUCAAAGAUGUCGGAGCAACAUCCCCCCAUGGAUCUUUCAUCAGAGACCAUCUCAACAAAUGUCCUCCAUUGCGACUCUAAUUCCAUCACCUUUGCUAACGCUUCUGCACUUCAAACAGCCUCUAUUUUAAUUCAAAACAAUGAACUUGUAGCUUUUCCAACCGAAACAGUUUAUGGACUCGGUGCUUGCGCUACUUCGAAUAUAGCUGUAUCCAAAAUUUAUCGUACUAAAGGAAGGCCAGCUGAUAACCCUUUAAUCGUUCACGUCUCAUCUCUUCAUAUGCUCCAAAGUCUUUUACCAUCAGAUUGGGUUUUACCUUUAUCAUAUCAAAUCUUAAUUGAUGAAUUCUGGCCUGGACCUCUGACCUUCUUGGUUCCUACUAUAUCCUCCGAACAGCCGAUUUCAAAAAUACCAGAUAAAGUGACUUGUGGUCUGAAGACAGUUGCUGUGCGUAUACCCUCACAUCCGAUUGCCCGGGCUUUAAUUUCUUUAAGCGGAGUUCCGAUUGCUGCUCCCUCGGCCAACUUGAGCGGUCGACCGAGUCCUACUGAAGCAGAACACGUUAGGAAGGAUCUCGAACCAAGCAUCAAGUUGGUACUCGAUGGUGGACCAUGUAAUGUUGGUGUGGAAAGUACGGUGAUUGACGGCUUGAACCCAGACGGUGGGAUACGCGUCUUGAGACUAGGUGGUUUGAGUGCUGAAGACAUCACUCAAUGUUUAGUAAACGCCAAAACCUCCGGUAAACUUGCCGAGGUUCCGAUAAUUGAAGUUCCUAAUAGCAAUGGAACGAGUCUCGCCCCUGGAAUCCAACCAACAACGCCUGGAAUGAAAUACAAGCACUAUUCACCGAACGCUAAAGUGACUCUCAUAAAUCUUAUUCGACCUCCAAUCCCACAAAAUUGGCAAUCUUUCCCUACGCCGAUUGAUCUAAUUGAUAAUUUCACAACCAAUUUUCGACGCGAAAACAUCGUAUGCAGACCUGUCUCAAUAGGUCUCAUGCUAAUUGAGAAUGGGGAGCUUUUGAAAGCGUUCAAGUCAUAUGAAGAGGAACUCGACUGUGAUGAAGUCGAACUGAUUCAUUAUGCCUUGGGACCUAUCAAUCAACCUGAGAUCAGUGCUCAGAGACUCUUUUCCUCAAUGCGUUCUCUUGACGAGUGUUUGGUCGAUAUAAUUUUUGUUGAGCAAGUCCCUUUGAAUGGGCUAGGAUCUACCGUGAUGGAAAGACUUUACAAGGCGGCCGGAACUGAUAUCGUUAAACCGAUUCGACUCGACACUGACUACUCGGCUUAA